AAGUAGAGCACAAUGUAUUUGUAUUUUGUAACUUGUCCUUAGAAAUAGCUGACAUGAAAAAGUAUAAAUACCAUAUACGUUAGUAACAUACUUUAGAAAUAUAGUUGCUGAAUUGUAUGAUUAAUUCUUGUUUGCAAAACUGCAAUAGUUUCUAAAUGUUCCAAAUAGUAUAGGUAUAGUAUUAUGGACUAGAAAGCAUAUUGUAGGGCUAUUCUGCUUGGAUAAGAGACCCUCAGCAAAAGAAAAACAGACUUAACAAACAUCAGAGAAGCCAGGGCCUCCACACAAGGCUGGAUUGCCUUGCUCUGCGAGUCGGUUGGGAUGCAACAGGCAGGCAUCAAGAUACUCCCCCCUGUCCUCCUUCUAAGCUUAUCUCUAUGCAAGGACAAGCAGAUGUCCAGAAACAAUGACCGAGUGUUGAAUGAGCAAAUGUGAGAAGUUUAGAACUAAUUUGCGAUAUAUGCUUAGCCAGCAGAAAUUUAUGUUUAGCCAGUAUCUGUGUGUUUAGUUGAGCGUCAGCAAGAUUGUGAACCUGAAGUACUCAGCCACUGAGGAACCAGGGGAGAAAGAGAGAAGCGUCGAGUAAGAGGGCGUAAAAGACGUAACGCUGUUUUCUGCGUGCUCUCCUGCUUGCAGGAGGCCCGCCAUUGCAAUUGCGAAUAGAAUCUGCUUUAUCAGAGAUACCGUCCUGAUAAAUUAUUUGGGUAUUUCCAACAGCUGGUCUCUUGAAAUGUGCUGUAAUGAGUUAAAAACUCAUCGACCAGAGCAAGCACACCAGCCAGAUCCUAGUUCCCUCUAAAAUUAAUCGAUUUGGCAAAGGACGGAUUGCUUGUCUCCAGAAAACAAGCGCAGCAGUGCUAUUUUCAGACUGGCUGCAUUACAGAGCCAGCUUUAAUGGACGAUCUGCAAUUACUGAUCCAUCUCUCUGUGGAGCUGCUAUUUCUGUUGCUCUCAGCCCCAUGAAACUGCUGAUGCUCCCACAUCGCUCUUCAGAGCCAUUUCCGUUUCUGCUAAUAGCACAGACUGUGCUGAGGUAAAGUCAUCGCUGCGGGCACCGCAAGCGGCCCAAGCGGCAAUUCCUCCGUCACGCUUAGCGCUUUUACUUCUUUUAUCCUCUAACUGACAUUACCGGCGUCCUGAACGGCACUGAGGCUGACGCCGGCUGCCCACCCCUCCACCACCCCGCCUCCUCCCGGAGUCCCGGCUUCCCCCCCGCCUCUCCGCCUCCAUUUCCCAGAGUGCGUCGCGGCGCGGGGUAGGAAGUCCCGUGCGCCUGAGUCAGGGGAGGCGGGCGCGGCGCUGCCAUGGCGCUGGAGACCCUGUCCCCGGAGUGGGAGUUCGACCGCCUCGACGACGGCUCGCAGAAAAUCCAUGCUGAAGUGCAGUUGAAGAAUUAUGGAAAGUUUCUUGAGGAGUACGCGUCUCAGCUGAAGAGAAUUGAAGAUGCUCUGGAUGACUCUAUUGGAGAUGUUUGGGACUUCAGUCUUGACCCUAUUGCUUUAAAGCUUUUGCCAUAUGAGCAGUCCUCUCUACUGGAGCUCAUAAAGACGGAAAACAAGGUUCUAAACAAAGUAAUAACUGUGUAUGCUGCCCUUUGUUGUGAAAUCAAGAAGUUAAAAUAUGAGGCAGAAACGAAAUUUUAUAAUGGCCUCUUGUUUUAUGGAGAAGGAGCCACAGAUUCCAGCAUGGUGGAAGGAGAUUGUCAAAUACAGAUGGGAAGAUUUGUUUCCUUCUUGCAGGAGCUGUCUUGCUUUGUUACCCGAUGUUACGAAGUGGUGGUGAAUGUAGUGCAUCAGUUGGCUGUUCUCUACACCAGCAAUAAGAAUGCACCUAAAAUUAUAGAGACAUCAGGAGUUCAUUUUCAGGCGAUGUAUGAGCAUCUGGGAGAACUACUGACAGUAUUAAUCACUCUGGAUGAAAUAAUUGACAAUCAUGCCACCCUGAAAGAUCACUGGACAAUGUACAAGAGGCUGCUAAAAUCUGUCCAUCACAACCCUUCCAAGUUUGGGAUUCAAGAAGAUAAACUGAAGCCAUUUGAAAAGUUGCUUUUGAAGCUGGAAUGCCAGUUACUUGAUGGAAUGAUAUUUCAGGCCUGUAUAGAACAGCAGUUUGAUUCCAUAAAUGGUGGAGUGUCUGUGUCGAAGAAUAGCGCGUUUGCUGAAGAAUUUGCUCAUGCUCUUCGCACGGCCUUUGCAAAUGUUGAAGGCAAACUUGGUGAACCUUCAGAAAUUGACCAGAGGGAUAAAUAUGUAGGCAUCUGCGGCCUCUUUGUACUGCAUUUUCAGAUUUUUCGGACCAUAGACAAGAAAUUUUACAAGUCAUUGUUGGAUGUCUGCAAAAAGGUACCAGCUAUCACGUUAACUGCAAACAUUAUCUGGUUUGCUGAUAGCUUUCUGAUUCAGAAGAUACCAGCUGCUGCCAAACUUCUGGACAAGAAAAGUAUUCAUACAAUUAAAACACAAAGGGAAAACUUCUUACAGCAGAAGGCUCAGUCACUUACCAAAGAUAUGCAGUCAUAUUAUGUCUUUGUGAGCUCAUGGAUGACAAAGAUGGAAUCUAUCUUGUCAAAAGAGCAGCGCAUGGAUAAGUUUGCUGAAGAUCUUUCUAACCGCUGUAAUGUCUUCAUUCAGGGUUUUCUUUAUGCGUACAGUCUUAGCACCAUCAUUAAAACUACAAUGAAUCUCUACAUGUCAAUGCAAAAACCUAUGACCAAAACCUCAGUGAAAGCUCUGUGCAGACUUGUGGAACUUCUGAAGGCAAUAGAACACAUGUUUUACCGAAGAAGUAUGGUUGUGGCAGAUUCUGUGACACACAUUUCUCAGCAUCUGCAGUAUCAGGCUCUUCAUUCCAUUUCUGUAGCCAAGAAAAGAGUCAUUUCUGAUAAAAAGUACAGUGAGCAACGCCUGGAUGUCCUUUCUGCUUUGGUGUUGGCUGAGAAUACCCUCAAUGGGCCCAGCACAAAACAGAGGCGACUGAUUGUUUCCCUUGCGUUAAGUGUGGGAACACAAAUGAAAACUUUCAAAGAUGAAGAACUCCUUCCCCUCCAGCUAGUUCUGAAAAAACUAGACUUGAUCAGUGAACUUACGGAGAGAGUUCGAGCACAAUGUGACUGUUGUUUCUUAUACUGGCAUCGAGCAGUCUUUCCAAUCUAUUUAGAUGAUGUAUAUGAAAAUGCAGUUGAUUCUGCUAGACUACAUUAUAUGUUUAGUGCACUGAGGGACUGUGUUCCUGCUAUGAUGCAUGCAAGACAUUUGGAAUCUUAUGAGGUGCUUCUGGAGUGCUAUGACAAAGAAAUCAUGGAAGUGCUCAAUGAGCACUUGCUGGACAAAUUAUGUAAAGAGAUAGAGAAGGACCUGCGCUUGUCAGUUCAUACACACCUAAAGUUGGAUGACAGAAACCCCUUCAGAGUUGGUAUGAAGGAUCUAGCUCACUUCUUCUUUCUCAACCCAAUACGGUUUUUCAAUCGAUUCAUUGAUAUAAAAGCUCAUGUAACUCACUAUUUGGACAAGACCUUCUACAACUUAACAACCGUGGCUCUACAUGACUGGGCUACCUACAGUGAAAUGAGAAACCUAGCAACUCAGCGCUAUGGUUUAAGUAUGACUGAAGCACAUCUUCCCAGUCAGACUCUGGAACAGGGUCUAGAUGUUUUGGAAAUCAUGAGAAAUAUUCACGUGUUUGUAUCUCGCUACCUCUACAAUCUGAAUAAUCAGAUCUUCAUUGAAAGAACUAGUAACAACAAACACUUGAACACUAUCAAUAUUCGACAUGUUGCUAACUCAAUUCGAACUCAUGGAACAGGAAUCAUGAACACAACAGUCAACUUCACUUACCAGUUUUUGAGGAAAAAAUUUUAUAUUUUUAGCCAGUUCAUGUACGAUGAACAUAUCAAAUCCAGGCUUAUCAAAGACAUCCGAUUCUUCAGGGAAGUCAAGGAUCAAAAUGAUCACAAGUAUCCGUUUGAAAGAGCAGAUAAAUUCAACAGAGGCAUCAGAAAACUUGGAAUAACUCCAGAUGGCCAGAGCUACCUUGACCAGUUCAGACAACUCAUAAGUCAAAUCGGCAAUGCUAUGGGCUACGUACGAAUGAUAAGAUCGGGUGGUCUUCACUGCUGCAGCAGUGCCAUUAGGUUCGUUCCUGAUCUGGAAGAUAUCGUUAAUUUUGAAGAGCUGGUGAAAGAAGAAGGACUUUCAGAAGAAACGCAGAAAGCAGCGAGGCAAUUGGACUCUGUUCUUAGUGACCUCACACGUAACUUUGCAGAAGGAACAGAGUACUUUAAAAUGCUUGUGGAUGUAUUUGCUCCUGAAUUUCGCAGUCCAAAGAAUAUGCAUUUGAGGAACUUCUACAUUAUUGUUCCCCCACUGACCCUCAAUUUUGUAGAGCACUCAAUCAGUUGCAAAGAGAAAUUAAACAAGAAGAACAAAAGUGGGGCAGCCUUCACUGAUGAUGGGUUUGCAAUGGGUGUGGCUUACAUUCUGAAGCUGUUGGAUCAGUACCAGGAGUUUGAUUCGCUGCACUGGUUCCAGUCUGUUCGAGAGAAGUAUGUGAAGGAAAUAAGAGCAGUAGCUAAGCAACAGAAUGUGCAGUCAAUUAAUCAAGAUGAAAAACUGCUACAAACUAUGAACCUUACUCACAAGCGACUGGAAGUUUGCUUACAGGAAUUUGAACUCCUUUAUUUUUCACUAAGUAGUGCAAGAAUAUUUUUCAGAGCAGAUAAAACUGCAGCAGAAGAAAACCAGGAAAAGAAGGAGAGAGAAGAAGACUCUGUUAAAGCAAGCAAUGGAGAUCUUUCCAACUCUACGCCUGCAGAUCCUGUUGUGAAAUGAUGUGGCUGAAGUAAGGAAAUCAGGAGCCAAGACAGAACCACAAUCAGCUCUUCCUUCCAUGACCAGACACUGUGUGAUGGGUGUCUGUGACUAUUAAGUGAUCUUACACUUCAUGAAUACCUUGUGCCUAACUGCAAGUUUCAGCUUCAACCCUGUCUUUCUUAGCCUUUGUAGGUCCAUUGCCUCUCUGUGUUGUUAAUACAGUCUUAGUUUCCUGGUUAUUAACAAUAAUUGCACUGCAGGCUUCAGAAGCUGCUGAACACUGUGAGAACUCUGUGUAAAAUUUAACAUCUGUUAAUGCCUGUGAGCAGAGGUUCUUAGAUUGUGCAAGAGUUGCUCAGAUUCCUGACGUAAGUAGCUUGAGUUAGCUUAACAGUGAAUUCUGAAUUCCACUUCCAUUGAAAGACUCAGUUGUGUUUUAAUCUCCUGGAAUAUAAAACACUUUGAGGUUUUACUAGCUAGAAUAAACUACUUUAGUCAGUAUGAGAAUUAUUUUUGGGGUUUUUUUGGCCCUCUUAACUGUACUUAAUUGACAGUCUUUUUCAUCUCUUCUAAUUAGAAAAAAGGUGAUGUUUUAAUACAAAUGGCUCAAAUUGUUCCGUCUGCUCUUUGGCCACAGGUUGGCUAAGACAAUUCCUGGCAGGCUUUGAUUCAUCCUUUCCUGCCAGUGAGUUCAGCAUUUAGAGAACUGGGGCAAACGUUUCGCUUACAACUGGACAGAAUGGGCUGAUAAGAAAGUCCUUUCAUUAGUUCUGAAAAUUUGACACAGAAGCUUUGUAAGCUGUCUAAAUCAGCUGGCCUUGUUCAUAUUUUUGUUACAACUGCUGAGUGCCCUAACUAAUGCUGCAUUGCUUCAUUUUGCUUUUUUUUGGUCAUAAUUUACAUGCACUUUCUUUUUUGACCAAGUGGUGCCCGCACUGAACAGUUGGAGUAGGGUUGCUGAGAACAGCAGCAGUCUCAGUGCUUCUGCUGAUUGCCAUCAUGUUGCAGUAGCAAUGUAUGUAUUUCCAUAUCCUUGUCUCACCUCAAGUCAUGUAAGUUCCAGCUCUUCUCUAGCAAUGGCAGAACCAUGCAGAGCAUUUGUUUUCCUUCAGGAUGAAUAUGCUAGGUAAAUAGAUGCAGUCAAGCAAUGACCUGUGCUCUAAUUAUUGAAGUCCACAUUUGUAUUUUCCCUUCUAUGAUUUUUGGACCGAUGGGAUCUUAGCUAGGUAACACUCUGCAGUUUGUUAUGUGUGGUGAACCAACUCAUGGCAUUCUGGUGAUGGAAAUUCUACAGGAAAGACAAAAGCCUGUUUUUAUAGAACCCUGAUGGAUGGUGGGACCUGAAUGUAUCCUGUAUGUGGCAAAAGUAUAUACAUUCAUAUGAAUAUGUGCAGUGAUAAUAGAGCUAUUCUUGCUAAUAGAGGACUGUAGUUCAUUAUAGUUACAUUUUAUUGUCAUGUAGCAGCAUAUAUAUGCAGAAAGCUUUUGUUACCUGAAAUAUCAAUGAGGUGGGUCCUGGUUUGGGAUGGUGCUCCUGUGUCAGUGAGUCACAUCAAAUCCUCCCCCCAACCCCUGCCCAACUACCUGGAAGGGGUGCAGAAUUCUUGUGGUGCUAUUUUCAUUGCUUUUACCCUCCUGCUCUGAUUAUAGGAACAAAAUGGAACCCAGCGGGUUGGCUGGAGAUGAGGAUGGAUCUAAAAAGAAAAAAAUAAUAAAACUCUCUAAACGAAAUGGAACUUUGCUGCUCACUGGAAAUUCCCAGAGGUGAUGAAGGAAAGGGAGGAUGAUAAGUUUGCUGCAGGGAUGUAAAAUGCAUCUAUUAUUUUCCUUCAGGGCAGGCACAGAACAGGCUGAAGGCUGUGUCCUGGGCCAGGGCUGUUGGGGGCAGAAGUGGUGGCAGCAGCUCCCCUGGUGGCCUUGCAGCCUCUUUGUGAUGGUGCUGGGCCCUUUUAUGCCACAAGCCAUAGGGCUGCAUAGGGGAUGCAGAGCACAGCUGAUGCCCAGAGUUGCAUUCACCCUGAGGUCAAAAGGCAUUGGUCACUGGUGGUGUAGAGGGUGCUUCACUGGGUUAUGUCUAGCUUUGGUUGGAGGGUCCUAGAGGUCCUAAUGAAGUCUGUAAUUAGAAGUAAAUUUGAGUUUUCAUCGGAUGUCUGUCAACAACAGCUAUUUUCAGCUUCUCAGGUACAAAGGACCAAAUGUAACCAUGUUUCCUAACUCACUGUACAAAAGGGUAUUUUGUUACCUCAGUCUCUUUGGUGUGUGAGUAGAGUACCUAUUGUACAUAAAACUGUUAAUAAAUACAAUUUUCAG